AGAAAAGGAAACAGAGAGAUGACCAGAAAACAAAAGAAGACCGCAAAGGUGGUAACAGUGGUAAUGGGACUGUGUAUUGUCACCUACAUUGCAGGACCGUCUCUGUAUUGGCAUCUAAACGAGACCAUUGCAGAUUCUCUCCAUUCUUGCCCUCCUUGUGUCUGUGACUGUUCUUCUCAGCCUCUCCUCUCCAUCCCCGACGGAUUGAGCAAUCACAGUUUCUUGGAUUGCAUGAGGCGUGAGGAAGGAAGUGAAGAGAACGAGAGUAGUUUCACUGAAAUGGUAGCUGAAGAGCUGAAGCUAAGAGAGGCACAAGCUCAAGAAGACGAAUGGCGGGCAGAUAGGUUGCUGCUAGAUGCUAAGAAAGCAGCGUCUCAGUAUCAAAAAGAGGCUGAUAAAUGCAGUAUGGGGAUGGAAACAUGUGAGCUAGCAAGAGAGAAAGCAGAGGCAACUCUAGAUGAACAGAGAAGAGUAUCUUACAUGUGGGAGCUUCGAGCUCGGCAAAGAGGAUGGAAAGAAGGAAUUGUUACUUCUGAUGUUCUCUAAGAACAGAUUUUUUUGCUUCUGAAGAAAUCUUUUUCUAUAUAAUGGAGACUCUUCAAUACAAAUUUUGAGUUAACCCAAUAUAAAAAAUCUGUUCAUUUGA